AUGGGCCGAACGGCGCGUGAACGCGGAAUCGAGGUGUUUGGCGCGAGAGACGGGAGGAGCGCGGCGACGCAAGGUUUGAGGCUCGACGAUAUGUUUAAGAUCGGCGUAGAUGGAAAGAUUUCCCCCAACCUAAUGGUUCUCGAGGUACCGGUGCGUGCGAUCGUGAUUCCGUUUCCCGUGGGUGCCGUCAGUCAAAUCCUACACCAAGGCACGGUGAAGCAUCUGCGAAGGUUCGGCUUCGUGGAUGAAACCAAUGUGUACUUGCAGAACCCGGAAAUGUUCCAUUUCAGCGUAUUUCACGCGUCGCAUCAUCUAGAAGAACACGCGGUGAGUGAGGUGGGCUUCCGGGAAGAGGUAAGUGCGAUCAGGUCCGUGACGCGCAAGUUUUGUCCGAUUCGCGCCGUGCUGGAGCGCGUGACAGUGACUAGCGGAGGCGUCGUCGUCGCCGGUUGGAACGUUGAACGCACGUCGUUGGGCGAACCGAGCGACUUACGCGCGAGACUUCGCGAAGUGCUACCACGAGCACCGACGAAGCAGCUCGUCAGCGACGCUUUCAUUCUUCACACCACCCUCGCGCGUUUGGUGCGACCACCUGACGGCACUGUCGCUGAGACGCUUGCCGACGCCAUGUCGCGCGAUUUGACGGACGAGUUCUGCGGUUUAGAGCUCACCCUCGACCGAGCGUGGUUCGUGAGCGAGCAUCAUAAGCUCGCCUUAGCGUUGAAAGGAGCCGUCGAUAAGUUAGACAUGCCGUUCGAUUGUCAUAGCAGUGGUUAG